AUGGGGAAGCUGAGCAAAGAUAGGAGAGACAUCUACUACCGGAAGGCCAAAGAAAACGGGUACCGAGCAAGGAGCUCCUUCAAACUAAUCCAGAUAAACGAAAAGUUCAGAAUCUUCAAAUUAUUUGACCCCGAAAAGUAUGGGAAAAACGACAUGGAUAAAAUAGGGAACUUAUAUAAUGAAAACUUCUGCUACAAUAUAGUGGACCUGUGUGCAGCCCCUGGCAGCUGGUCGCAGGUGCUGAAGAAUAUCUGCCUGUACAACUACUACCAGAUGCUUCAUUGGGUAAACAGAAAUGAGGGAAUUCCACUCAAUUGCGAUGAACAUGACAAAUUUUUAAACAAUUUUUCUCUCUACAUAAAUUUUAACGAGGAGCUAGAGAAGAGGAUAGAAAGUUUGCCCAAAAAGAAAUUUGUGAAAAAGCCAAAAAUUAUAGCUGUAGAUUUACAAGAAAUAGGGAAUAUGAAAUAUGUGCAGAUUAUACAAGGUGAUAUAACCAAAGCGUCCACUGUGCAUCAGAUUUUAAGAUGUAUGAGCGAGCGGGAAGUACAAAACGGCAUGGGAGAUGAUACCUGUGCGGAUGACACUGUCCAGGGGAGUGUCCAAAGUAAGAGUAGUCAGCUAGAGGGACAAAACCUACAAAGGAACCACUUCCGCACGUACGCACACGCUGUUGUGAGCGACGGAGCGCCAGACAUAACCGGCAUGAAUGACAUAGACGAAUUUAUUCAGUCGCAACUGAUUUUAUCCAGUUUGAAAGUAUGCUUCUCUGUUUUAAAAAUCGGAGGAAAUUUUAUAAGUAAAAUAUUCCGAGGUGAACACACUGGCCUGCUUAUUCUACAUUUGAAUAAAUUCUUCGAAAGAGUUUACGUGUGUAAACCACAAAGCAGUAGGAAUAAAAGUUUGGAGUCCUUCCUCGUUUGUUUGAACUUCUCUUUGCCCCUGUCCAGCAUCUCAGCGCUGAGCCAUCGUACAGGGGAAAAAAAGUCUAAUCGUCAGAAUAUGCCUGAAGAAGAACUUCGAAAAAUGCAUGCGAAGUUAAUUACUGAGAAGGACAAUGAGGGAGAUAUUCGCAAAAGGGGCAAAUCUCUCGGGAAGGAAGAAAACAGGGAUGAUACCAGUGGGGAGGAAUUCUCCGAUGAGGAGGAAGACCCCGCUGAACCGAGUGAAGAUGAUAGCCGAGUUGAAUCAGGGGGGCACAAAGAAGGUGACGGAAAAGGUGAAAACGAGCCUGGACACAUAAACAGAUGCACCAAUGACAAUGCUAAAGCGGGGAACACAUUAAAGGGAGACAAACGGAACGAUUGCGACCCAGAACGCGGUGAUACUCUGACGGGGGCAAAAUUUCAAAGUAAAAACUUUACCCCCAAAAAUUUCGACAUAUUCAAUUUUUACUGCUCUGAUAGUGACGAAGAGAUAAAGUAUUUCAAUUCAGACGAUGAAGAGGUGAUACAUGAGUACAUUGCAUCGGAAGUUUUUAUGAAUGACAAACUGUUUUCCUUCGUCGCGACGCAGAAUUAUUACGACUCGGAUAAGUCCUACUUGCUCCCGCAGAAUUACGUUCGCCAUGAGCCCCAGCUUAUGCCGCUUCAGCCUCCCUAUCUGUUGUCUUUACAGAAGAAGAGGCAAGAGGGGAAGAAGCCAUAA